UGAAAGCACGGGCGUUGGUUCCCAGGUGUUCUCAGAGCCCUGGAACCUGGGCAGCUGGGCUUCCCGGGUUGCGUGAGUCGGGCCAUGAGCUUUGUGCUUGUGUUUUGGUUAUGGAAAUCAGUCUGCGUAAAUGUGUAGCAGCGGAGAUAGUCGAAUGCAGUGACUUUACAGUAUACUGCAAUAAAAAUAUAAACCAACAUUUAAGGGUGCCUGAACAUCUCGCUUCAUCACCACAACAGUGUACGGGUAGGUCUUGUUAAUAAGCCUGGUGUUGCAGAUGAGGAAACUGGUGCUUAGAAAAGAUAACACGCUAGCGGCCGGGCGCGGUGGCUCACGCCUGUAAUCUCAACACUUUGCGAGGCCGAGACGGGCGGAUCACCUGAGGUCAGGAGUUCGAGACCAGCAUGGCCAAACAUGGCGAAACCUCGUCUCUACUAAAAGUACAAAAAAUAGCUGGGCGUGGUAGCGGGCGCCUGUGAUCCCAGCUACUCAGGAGGUGAGGCAGGAGAAUCGCUUGAACCCGGGACGUGGAGGUUGCAAUGAGCCGAGAUCAUUCCACUGCACUCAAGCCUAUUCCAGCCUGGGCGACAAGAGCGAGACUCCAUCUCAAAAAAAAAAAGAAAGAAAGAAAAGAUAACACGCUAGCAAGAGAAGAGAGAAAAACCUCAACUGAUGCAACCGCAUGCUUUUACCCAUUAGGGUCUGCCGCCUGCGUGUGUUAUAUCAAUCAUGGGGCCCACAAGUCUGAGAUUCCCACCCUCACCCUACUCUCGCGUUUUCUGAAAGUAUUGGAAGAAUCCCUGCAAACAAAUCUGUUCCAGCAUUCCUCAUUUAACAACAGCAGAAACACAUCUACAGAGGUAAAGUGACUACUGAAAUCACCCCAGUCAAUGCUAGAAAAGGCUGUGAAACCCAAUCCAGUGUCUCAUAACUGAACUCGGACAAAAGGGGAUGGAAAAGCUUUUGAAGAAUCUUUGAGCAGUCAAGGGAAAGACAAGCUGACUCUUCAGAUCCCUGCGGACACACUGCCUGCUUUUCCAUAUCAUGGCCCUCCACCCCCGCAGAGUCCGGCUAAAGCCCUGGCUGGUGGCCCAGGUGGAUAGUGGCCUCUACCCUGGGCUCAUCUGGCUACACAGGGACUCUAAACGCUUCCAGAUUCCCUGGAAACAUGCCACCCGGCAUAGCCCUCAACAAGAAGAGGAAAAUACCAUUUUUAAGGCCUGGGCUGUAGAGACAGGGAAGUACCAGGAAGGGGUGGAUGACCCUGACCCAGCUAAAUGGAAGGCCCAGCUACGCUGUGCUCUCAAUAAGAGCAGAGAAUUCAACCUGAUGUAUGAUGGCACCAAGGAGGUGCCCAUGAACCCAGUGAAGAUAUAUCAAGUGUGUGACAUCCCUCAGCCCCAGGGCUCGAUCAUUAACCCAGGAUCCACAGGGUCUGCUCCCUGGGAUGAGAAGGAUAAUGAUGUGGAUGAAGAAGAUGAGGAAGAUGAGCUGGAUCAGUCGCAGCACCAUGUUCCCAUCCAGGACACCUUCCCCUUCCUGAACAUCAAUGGUUCUCCCAUGGCGCCAGCCAGUGUGGGCAAUUGCAGUGUGGGCAACUGCAGCCCGGAGGCAGUGUGGCCCAAAACUGAACCCCUGGAGAUGGAAGUACCCCAGGCACCUAUACAGCCCUUCUAUAGCUCUCCAGAACUGUGGAUCAGCUCUCUCCCAAUGACUGACCUGGACAUCAAGUUUCAGUACCGUGGGAAGGAGUACGGGCAGACCAUGACCGUGAGCAACCCCCAGGGCUGCCGACUCUUCUAUGGGGACCUGGGUCCCAUGCCUGACCAGGAGGAGCUCUUUGGUCCCGUCAGCCUGGAGCAGGUCAAAUUCCCAGGUCCUGAGCAUAUUACCAAUGAGAAGCAGAAGCUGUUCACCAGCAAGCUGCUGGACGUCAUGGACAGAGGACUGAUCCUGGAGGUCAGCGGUCAUGCCAUUUAUGCCAUCAGGCUGUGCCAGUGCAAGGUGUACUGGUCUGGGCCAUGUGCCCCAUCACUUGUUGCUCCCAACCUGAUUGAGAGACAAAAGAAGGUCAAGCUAUUUUGUCUGGAAACAUUCCUUAGCGAUCUCAUUGCCCACCAGAAAGGACAGAUAGAGAAGCAGCCACCGUUCGAGAUCUACUUAUGCUUUGGGGAAGAAUGGCCAGAUGGGAAACCCUUGGAAAGGAAACUCAUCUUGGUUCAGGUCAUUCCAGUAGUGGCUCGGAUGAUCUACGAGAUGUUUUCUGGUGAUUUCACACGGUCCUUUGAUAGUGGCAGUGUCCGCCUGCAGAUCUCAACCCCAGACAUCAAGGAUAACAUCGUUGCUCAGCUGAAGCAGCUGUAUCGCAUCCUUCAAACCCAGGACAGCUGGCAGCCCAUGCAGCCCACCCCCAGCAUGCAACUGCCCCCUGCCCUGCCUCCCCAGUAAUUGUGAAUGCCAUCUUCUUCCUUCUCUUUUUUAUAAUAUUGUACAUAUGGAUUUUUUUUUAUUGUUUAGAUUUAACCAGCUUUUAAAUCUCUCUUUUCUCUAACAGUGUUAGAAGUCUGUGAUUCUCCAAAUAUGCCUAGAUUUAAAGCUGAUUUAAUUUAUGGAAAAAUCACCCUUCAGACUUUGCUUUUCUUUUUCAAAUCUCCUAAUGGUAGUAUGAUAUAGCAUAGUAGAAGGAGAUUUGGUGUGGGAGUUUGGAUACCAAAGUUCUAGCUGCAGCUUUGCUUCCAAUGUGACCUUGAACAAGUCCUUUAACCUCUGGGCUUCAGAUUUAUUGCUUAUAAAGUGAAGAGAUUGGAGUAGUGCCUGAAAUUGCAUCCAGCUUUAAAACGGACUUGAUGACCUUCUUCUACUUGUACAAGGCUAAACUGCCUGGAACAGAAUCUUUCUGCAUUGUUCUUGUACCACAUUUUUCCUUGGUUUUGUUAAAGUUUCCUCAAGCACUGAUUUGUCCAGGAUCAAGCUCUGUUUGACCUGUUCUGCUGGUAUAGUAAGCUGGCUCCCUGAUGGGGGAAGUGAGAGGGAGAGGAGCUGGCUGGCUGGUUGCUUAGAAACUAUGCUUGAUAUCUAAAUAGAAAUGGGUGCCAAAGUCUGAAAGUCACCCAGCCUGUGGAGUGAAAGCUCACAAAUUUGGCUUCUAAAGGGAAGCUGUUGACACAGAAAGCCUAGGGAUUCUGUGGAAGAAUAGGUUGUCAGGCAUUUACCUUAUUACCACUCAAAUACCAGUGUGUUUGUUGGGGGAUGUGGCGGGGAGAGGGGGUAGGUGACAGUAUGUGACUCAGGUGGUAACUUUAAGAGGAAAGAGCUCUACUUUUCUUAUUUUCUUCUCUGAGCUAGACUGAGCUGGGGAUCUAAGAUAUACUUCUCUGACUACAAAAGGGACAGUAUCAUUUAGAUUUUUUGCAGUUGGAAGAAAUGGGCUGUUGAGUGUGUUAAGGCUGGGAUGAAGAAGGGCUGGACAGUACUCUUCUGGAAAGGGUCACCUAGCACAAACCUGCUUGUCUCCCUUACUAGUGGAGGUGUCUGAGUGUGAACAGUGAAGGUAAAGAGUGAUAUAGAACAAUGCAGCUCUAUCUGUCACAAACUGGUCUUAUCUAGAAACAUCUGCUGAGUCUCUAACCCUUUCGGCUUUCUCUUCUUUUUUGAGACAGAGUCUUGCUUUGUUGCCCAGGCUGGAGUGCAGUGGCAAAUCACCACUUACUGCAGCUUUAAGCUUCUGGGCUCAAGCAAUCAUCCUGCCCCAGCCUCCUGAGUAGUUGGGACAACAGUCAUGCACUAUGAUGCUUGGCUAAUUUUUUUUUUUAUUUUUGUAGAGAUGAGGUCUUGCUAUGUUGCCCAGGCUGGUCUUGAACUCCUGGGCUCAAGCAGUCUGGGACCUAAAUGGCAAAUAAGAUGCUAGUCUGUGGUUGCAAGCCCCAGUCCUCUUGAAUAGUGAUGCCUAUCUGUCUGUGUCGAGACGUAGUAAGGAAGCCCAUGUCUAGUCUGGUACCUUUAAACCAGGCCAUCUCCUACUUUUCAAAAUGACUCAAAAGUUGAGCUAGCCUUAUUUUAAAAACUAAAAGUUCAAAAUCAGUGGUGACAUGAGGACUUAUUUAUUUAAUAAGUGCUUAAGCCUUGGUUUUAGCGUUUCUAAGAGACCUAGUGGAAUUUGCUAUUAUGAAAAGCAUUACCCAUGCUAUUAUGAAAAGCAUGAAAAGAUUAAGAAAUCUGGCUAAAGGUCAGGUGCUCAGCUUCGAGGAAAAGUUGGGCUUUUAGGGACCAGGAAGCAUUAAAGGCACAGAAACUUUACAUUUUGGGGUCAUUUUGUUGAGUAGGUGAAGUGAGGGAUUUGGUCUUGGUAUUUGGCUGCCCCAUCUCUAUGUGGGAGCUCAAAGUUAAAAACCCACUGUAGGUAAAUUAGAAGGGCAGCUCUUGAAUCUGGGCCAGUCUGUAUCCCUUCUGUGAAGUGUUAACAGCCAGGCUAUCUGUAGCCUGGGUGGGAGCCCAGAUAAUGUGAGCUGGUAAAAGGUAUUGGAAAAGUGCCAAGAAAUACCAAGCUUUUGGUUUGUAACCACUAUAAAAAGUUUAUGAACAUGUCAGAGGAAAGGAUGAGUGAUUUGUGAGGUCUUAACUAGAUACCCCGGUUUCUUCCUUGUUUUGGCUCCUUUUCAGAAUGCCGGGAGAGUGCAUGCAGGGAUUCCAUCUGAUCACCCUCAGCGCUCUUUCUCUGGUCCUGCUGGAUAGAUUUAGGUUUCCUUUCUUUUUUUAGGGCCUCUGCUAUCUCCUUUGGUGGCUACCACCACUCACUCCCUUGAUAUCUUCUACUCCCUUGCCUUCACCUUGCUUAAGCCUGAGAAGGGAGUUAGAUUUUGUCACUAGCUCUUCUUUUUCCUCACUGUGUACCCCACCAAACAAGAUUAGUUCAAGUUAAAAAGAACCUAUUGGAGGUAAACUGGGAGAGCAAGUGUUGGAUCUGGGCUGGUCCCUUUCCCAUAUAAUUAGGUCCCUGGUUAUAUGUUCCCGUAGCACCCCAUACUUCCUCUCUCAGAAUAAUCAUUUCCCUUGUAAAGCUCAGCAUCCAUAUCCUGCUUGACUGCAAACUUGCUGAAGGUAGGGAUUGUUUGUCUUGGACUUCGCUGCCAGUCCUUAGAACAGUGUCUGGGACACAGUGUGUUCUCAAAUAUUUGUUGCUGGAAUAAAUGAAUGAACUACAUCAGUCUUUUAGGGAUUUAUUGUUAACCACCAUGGGAAAAUUAAAUAAAUGCAGGGAAGGAAAACAUUCUAAAAUUAGACUACUUUCUACUCUCAGCUUCUGACUCCCUCUGAGCUAAGAACCAGACAGCCUUAGGCUGGUAACUCCUAUAGGCUGGUCCUCCUCCCAUGCUGACCCCAUCUUUACUGUACAAUUCACUUUUCACGGUCUGAAGGCACCACCAAGAUAGAUCCAGGAGUGACAACUCCAGUGUAGGUGUCCACUGUUCCCUUAAUCUCUGUCCUGCUCCAAGUAUAAAUAAAUUGGGGCCAUUUCCUUAGAUAUUGGGGUUUUCUCAAGAAAUCCUUUCCCUUCGUGGCAUGGGUCAAAUCGCUGGUAGUUAAAAAGGUGUUAACUCUUAUGUGAAAUAACACUUUUUCUUUGUAAUGACCUGA